UCGGCGCGGAGCCCCCGCGCGCCGCCGGUUCCGGGCCCGGGCCCGGGCGUGGUGCUGUACCUGUGCCCCGAGGCGCAGUGCGGACAGACCUUCGCUAAGAAGCACCAGCUGAAGGUGCACCUGCUGACUCACAGCAGCAGCCAGGGCCAGCGGCCCUUCAAGUGCCCCCUGGGCGGCUGCGGCUGGACCUUCACGACGUCCUACAAGCUCAAGAGACACCUGCAGUCGCACGACAAACUGCGGCCCUUCAGCUGCCCGGCGCAGGGCUGCGGCAAGAGCUUCACCACCGUCUACAACCUCAAGGCGCACAUGAAGGGCCACGAGCAGGAGAACUCCUUCAAGUGCGAGGUGUGUGACGAGAGCUUCCCCACGCAGGCCAAGCUGAGCGCGCACCAGCGCAGCCACUUCGAGCCCGAGAGACCCUACCAGUGCGCGUUCUCCGGCUGCAAGAAGACCUUCAUCACGGUGAGUGCCCUGUUUUCCCACAACCGCGCCCACUUCAGGGAGCAGGAGCUCUUCGCCUGCUCUUUCCCGGGCUGCAGCAAGCAGUACGACAAGGCCUGCAGGCUCAAGAUCCACCUGCGCAGCCACACGGGCGAGAGGCCUUUCCUGUGCGACUUCGACGGCUGCGGCUGGAACUUCACCAGCAUGUCGAAGCUGCUGAGGCACAAAAGGAAGCACGAGGAUGACCGCAGGUUCACGUGCCCGGUGGAGGGCUGUGGGAAAUCCUUCACCAGGGCUGAGCAUCUGAAAGGCCACAGCAUCACCCACCUGGGCACGAAGCCUUUCGUGUGCCCCGUGGAGGGCUGCUGUGCCAGGUUCUCCGCUCGAAGCAGUCUCUACAUUCACUCCAAGAAACACCUGCAGGACGUGGACACUUGGAAGAGCCGGUGCCCUGUCUCCACCUGCAAUAAACUCUUCACGUCCAAGCACAGCAUGAAGACCCACAUGGCCAAAAGGCACAACCUGGGCCACGACCUGUUAGCCGAACUGGAAGCUGCGAAUUCCCUGACGCCCAGCAGCGAGCUGGCCAGCCAGGGGCAGAACGAUCUCAGCGAGGCGGAGAUCGUGUCUCUCUUCUCCGACGCGACCGGCAGUGGUUCCGCCGCGGUGCUGGACACAGCGCUGGUGAGCUCUGGAAUCUUGACUAUUGAUGUGGCUUCUGUGAGCUCAACUCUGGCAGGGCAUCUCCCAGCCGGGAGUAGCAGUUCCGCAGGGCAGGCUGUGGACCCUCGGGCCUUGAUGGCCGCCGGUGACCUUCCUCAAAGUCUGGAUACCUCUCUGUUUUUUGGGACGACAGCCACUGGCCCUCAGCAGGGUCCCGUGGACGUGGACAGCGUCUGCAGUGUCAGCGCGGGGCCCUUGGGGUCCCUAGGCGCUUUGGCUGCGAAAAGCUCCGCUCCAGAGCCGCAGCCCCAGGCUCUGACACCCAGCAGUAAGCUAACGGUGGACGCAGACGCUCUGACUCCUUCGAGUACCCUUUGUGAAAACAGCGUCUCGGAACUGCUGACACCGACCAAAGCGGAGUGGAACGUGCAUCCUGACUCGGACUUCUUUGGACAGGAGGAAGAAGCCCAGUUUGCUUUCUCCAAUCCGGCAAGAAACCACGCUUCUCAGAAGGAAGCAGAGCUCAUCACGGUGACUGGCAGCCCGUUCUUGGUAUGAACCGCCUCUCCUUGCCCCUUGCCGUGUGGCUUGCUUCUGCUACACUCAACUUGGAGGGUACUCGGGACUGAGUGCUUCUGCGCAGUCGUUUCCUAGUGCUUCGCGAAAGAACGCAUCCCUGGACGGCAAGUUUGUGGAGGGUUUAAAUUCGGAUCUUGACUCUGGAAAUGACACGUUCUGUGACCCGGAACAACUCACUUAACCUGUCUGAGCCUUAAUCUCUUUAUGUAUAAAAAGAAGUAGCUUGAAUGGUUUGUUUCAAAGGGUUUUUUAGAUGUGUACUUUCAAGAUUUUUUUCUGUUUCUGGAUAAACUAGAGUAGUUUUCUGAUGAUUUUUCAUUGCAUAUGCUUCUAAUAUAAGGAAAUGUCCUUUGAUCACUUUGAGUAUUAAAAA